AAAAGGAAAGGACGAAAAUGUAUGCACGCAUGUAAUAGUUACUGGUCGUGAAAUAAGUGGUGCAGAAUUAAUAAAGUCCAAUUCAUUAUUGCCAAAUUGUGAUGUACCUGUAUAUGAUUUGGAGCUUCAAAAAGCCAAUGAAAAUACUUUCAUAUCAGUUACCAAAGAUAUAAGUAGUGCGUUGGAUCAAAUUCGACCGGAUGUCUUGAUUUAUAUAAAUGAAUUUAAAAAUGAAGCAAUACGUGGUGUUGACGCUGCAUUAUUUGCUGCUUCUCAAAAUAAUCAAACCAUUACAAAAAUUGCAUUACCUAUUGAAGACGCGAAAUAUAUGAUGUGGUUAACUGAUUUAGAUAUAGAGGCUCUUAAAAAUUGGAACACUCCAAACAUUGAAGUACAAGUGAUUACUCAAGACCGUCCUCGAUCUUUAUCACGCCUUAUGCGAUCUCUCAGUUCUUCUAUUUAUUUCGGUGACAAUGUACAUCUCACUGUAAAUAUGGAUCGAGGUGCAGAUCCUGUUACUGUUAAAUACUGUCAAACAUUUGAAUGGUCUUUUGGUAAAAUGACCAUUAGAUACCGUAUAAAGCAAGGUGGUUUGAUUACUGCUGUCGUGGAAUCUUAUUAUCCGACUACCAAUGAUGAUUACGCUAUAAUUUUAGAAGAUGAUAUUGAAGUUUCUCCAUUCUACUAUAUAUGGUCAAAAUAUACCAUCUUAAAAUAUAGAUAUGGAGCUGAUCGAAGUUUAACCAGUAGAUUGUUUGGUGUCAGCCUUUACGAUACAAAACUCAACGAAUAUAAUACAACUGGUCGUAAACGGUAUAAUCCUGCAAAAGUUUUAAAGAAUACAAAAUAUCCUAAUCAAUCACCAUAUCUUUUCCCAGCACCUUGUAGUUGGGGUGCAUUAUUUUUCCCUGAAAUAUGGCGCGAAUUCCAUUACUAUCAGAAUGCUAGAUUGCAGGAUGUUUUUGGACCUAAACUACAGAAUAUAAAUGUUCCAAAAAGUAAAUCAAAUUCUUGGCCAAAAUCUUGGAAACGUUUCUUUAUAGAACUUACUUACCUUCGUGGUUAUGUGAUGCUUUAUCCUAAUUAUAAAAAAUCUGUUAGUUUUACAACUAAUCAUGCUGAAUACGGAGUUCACUUUCGUGUCAAAGGAAAGAAAAAAGAAUUAUGGCUCCUUCCAUUAAUGAAAAAAGAUAUUCUAUUGAAAGGACUACCUAAUAAUCGUUUACCAGAUUUCAAAGAUUUACCAACUAUGGAUCUUUGGGGAAAUCUUGCGACUCCAGAAGAAUUAAUUCGAAGUGGACGUUCACUACACUCGAAAAUUUCGAUUUGUCCUCCCAAAGAUACUGAUGAACUCACUUAUGAUCCACGUGACCUAUUAUGUGUGGAUAAUUCAACUCUUUCCAAUAAUGUAAAUACGAAUAAACUAGCAGCAGGGGAGAAAAAUCCUGCUGAAGGACCAAUAAUGGAAGAUAAUAUAAAAUCACCUAUUAAUGAAAAAGAAUUAAACCUUUGA